AUGGCGCAAGCCAGCCCAACAAGCGAGCGAAUCCACGAAUUGGACCCUGUCUCUGAUCUGAUCUUAAACCAGGGUGGCGUAGCAGGAGGAAAAUGUCAAGAAAAUGUUGAGACCUUGGCUAUUGCUGCGUGUUUGCUUGCCCGCCGUGUCGCCGAGAGUGGAGCGGUAUCAUCAGAACACAAUGCCGAGGCCAUGCUACCCCAGAUGUUCUGCGUACCUACGGCGUAUGGAGGGACCUGA